AUGGCCGAGCUCUCUUCCAACUGGAAAAAACUUCAAGCUCAACUAAAAGCUGAGGCAGCUUCCAAGCCAUCAACAAAACGAAAGGCUGAAGAGCAGCUACAAUCCUCACCGCGGAAAAAGCCCUUUGAAACAACAAAGACCAAGGCGUCUAAACCGCUAAUUCGAAAAGAUAAGCCGCCUGUUCGUAGAAUGGGCGGUGUCCAAAGCUCGGCAGCAAUAGAAAAACCGAAGCAAACUCCAUCACCAUCCUUGGCGAUUUGGGCUGAAGAUCAUGGAGUCUCUGCGGAGGAUUUGGCAGAGGCUGGACUCGAGAUUGGAAAGUAUGUCGCUAUCGACUGCGAGAUGGUAGGCGUUGGCCCCGGCGGACAUGAAUCAGCCCUGGCACGCAUCAGCAUCGUCGACUUCCAUGGACGGCAAGUCUAUGAUUCAUACGUCAAGCCGAAAGAGCGCGUGACCAACUGGAGAACGGCCGUCAGUGGAAUCUCUCAAAAAGAAAUGAGAUUCGCAAGAGAUUUCGACGAGGUUCAGAAAGAAGUCAGCGAUAUUUUGCAAGACAGAAUUCUCAUUGGCCAUGAUAUCAAGCAUGACUUGGAUGCUCUCAAACUCAGCCACUCUCUCAAGAAUAUACGCGAUACCGCCAAAUAUCCGGCGUUCAAAAAAUAUGGCCACGGCAGGAAACCCGCGCUGAAGAUUCUUGCCAAGGAAAUUCUCGGCAUCGAAAUCCAAAGUGGACCGCAUUCUAGUACUGAAGAUGCCAGAGCUACUAUGCUUCUGUUUCGGAAGCACAAGUCCGGUUUUGACAUGGAUCAUGUCAACCGAUUUGCUCCAAAGCAACCAGCAAAUGCUGGCACAUCUCGACUUAAAAAGAAGACUAAGAAGAAGACAUGA